UGCCGGACGUCACCGAUUGGCCGACAUCUUCCUAAAGCCUGAUUCGCAUAAUCGCGCAUGCGAGUAUUGUGCCGGCAAUACUUCGCUGAGUUCUCAGAGCGCCCAUUUUAUAAAAUCAUUACGGGAGCAAGUGCGACGCGACGGACACUCGGGAGAGUCGGUGUAUUUGGCGUCGCGCCGAGACGCUAAUAAAGAGCGGGUAUCAGGGUGUCUCGUUGUCAAGUUCGAGGACGACCCGGUUUCUGAGGUAUCGUGGUCCAGCGAUGCGCGCCGGCAACGGUAUUUGAGGAAUUUUCACGUACAUCGAGCAGCAACGAGGCAGGAAGAAAGUGAAAAAAAAGUUUAACAAACGUGGGUUCUCGCGGGAGCCAAUGUUAAACGAUGUUGCUGUGUUGUGCUUUCUAAUGGCAGAGAAGAUAUGCAGUCCUGUUGGAUUAUCAUGCUAGGUACUACUGCCUGGUAUAUAUUAUCCCGUCUAGUAACAUUCUCAAUCCCUUUUGCGUAGUGCUUAUCCUAAUACGUCUUGUACUACUUUCCUUGGCACAAACACAAGUGGUAACGUUCCAGCAGUUGUAGUUUAUCUUGUCUGUCAAAGUCCUGUUGAUAUCUUCAACGUAAAAGUGGCUUGUCAGUGAAUAUUUAUAAAUGAUACAGACAAAUGUUGUAGCAGACUGUAUUGUUACGUAGUAAUUAUGUUUUACUGUGUAUCCAAGUCACCGGGUGCAUUGUGAAGUGCUUACACCAGGAUUUACCAUGGUUUACAUAUGGUACUUGAUAAGACUGGAAGAUCCUGCAUGCAUCGUACAUUAAAAGGAAGCACGAAUCUGGAUACUUGAACGUAUAAGUACAAUUUUAAUUAUUAGGAAUACCAAAGUUUGUCCUUUUCGUAGCUGAUGAAUAACAAAGAGAACUUUAAAUGCCGGUUGUACCUCGUUCCCAUUCAUUAUAAAGAAAAACCGAACGCACCCGAGACACAAGAAGAUUAACGAAAGGCGGGAAAGCCGGAGGAGCAACAAGAUUUACGGUUGAAGAGCCGAUCUAAAAAUUACUCCGUACCGAGAGACCGAGAAAGAAUGCAAAAAAGAUUCUCGUAGAGGCACAGUUAAACGUUGCUAAAGGAGAAGGUGCAGUCAACGAGCAUCGUCCGGGACUGAGUAGCUGAAUCAAGAUACUCCGCAGGAGGACAUCGAUUGGAGGAUUUUCAAGUUGCCAAGUGAAAGCAUCGGUAUUGGUGUUUCGUACGAACAAAAAUAAAACAUUAGGUCAGGAAUAAGUGACGACAGCUCGUAUGACUUCAGUAGCAGCAGCAGCAGCAGCGGCAACGGCGCUCGGUAGUCAGAUAAAAGCGAUACAUUUCUUAUAGGCGGGGUAACAGUAGCAACAUUGUAUACCGUAAGGUUUUGUCAGUGUGACGAUGCAUGUUUACGUCUUGGACCAAAACAUCGAUGACCUUGAAAACGGGCUGGUCACGUGAUCUAAAAGGAGAUCAGGAAUUGGCUGAACGAGGAGUGUAUUACGCCUACUGCGCCGUGCGCACUGUGCUCUUCUGAUUGGUUGUUCGAUGCCAGAGCUGGAGAGCAUUCAGUUGGACGGCAAAAGAAGUACUUGGUGGUAACGUGUGCGAGAAGGAAGGUAAAUUUUGUAAAGAUAAAGGGGUGUAUAUAUCGAGAGUGAGAGGGUGCGAGUGAGAGGCGCAUAAGGAGGUGACGUGAAAGAAGAUUUUUGGGUGGGGAGGAAGGAAGCGUGUACGUUGAGUUGUGUUACGUUGCGCCGCGUCGCGUCGCGUCGCGUUAUCCAAGAUGAAGUCCGACUCUAAACCUUUGUUGACAGCUCAGGCGGAAAAGGCGAAUCAUUACACAUACUUGAAGGAAUUUCGCGUCGAACAAUGUCCCCUCUUUAUACAGCGCAAGUGCACCCAGCAUCGGCCCUUCACGUGCUUCAACUGGCAUUUUAUGAACCAACGGAGACGGAGACCCGUACGCAAAAGAGACCGCACCUUCAACUACAGUGCCGACAAUUAUUGCACAAAAUACGACGAGACUACCGGUAUUUGUCCGGAUGGAGAUGAAUGUCCUUUUCUUCAUCGCACUGCCGGGGAUACCGAGAGACGCUACCAUCUGCGUUACUACAAGACCUGCAUGUGCGUACACGAUACGGAUACACGUGGCUUCUGCGUAAAGAACGGUCCACACUGUGCAUUCGCACAUGGCAAUCAUGAUCUUCGUCCGCCUGUUUACGACAUCAAGGAGAUACAGGCAUUGGAGAAUCCAGAUUCCGAUCCCAACUCGUCGUCCAAUGGACCCAAUAUCCUUGACAAGGAGCGUAAUCUUAUGAACGAGGAUCCUAAGUGGCAGGACACCAAUUACGUGCUGAGUAAUUAUAAAACCGAACCGUGUAAAAGACCGCCGAGACUCUGCCGUCAAGGAUAUGCCUGUCCUCAGUAUCACAACAGCAAAGACAAAAGACGCAGUCCGCGUAAAUACAAAUACCGCUCCACGCCCUGUCCCAAUGUUAAGCAUGGAGAGGAAUGGGGCGAACCUGGCAACUGCGAACAGGGCGAUGCCUGCACCUACUGUCACACUCGCACCGAACAACAGUUUCAUCCUGAGAUUUACAAGUCGACCAAGUGCAAUGACGUUCAGCAGGCUGGCUAUUGCCCGCGCGGCGUCUUCUGCGCGUUCGCGCAUGUUGACCGUGAGUGUACCCUCAUCAAUCUGUUGCCAACAGAAGAAAUGAGCCUGGCGAGGGACAUGGCAGUACCUAUAGAAUGUGGAACAAAUCUGGCGGAUUUACUCAGCAACGCUUUACCACCUGACAAACGAAGCCACGAGAAGGACAAGCCACUCAGCGAUAGCAGCUUGGCUACGUUGCAGAAUGGGAGUGGUGAGGUGUCUGAGUCUGCAAGUACUAGCAGCAUCGGAAGCAAUAGUUCACACAGUAAAGCACCAGGUGCCCAGCUACAUAAUACAAUUUCAAGCAGCACUGUUACAGCCUCUACGCAGCAGAAACUCACAAGCAUACUGUACAACCCAUCGUCUCUCAUUCAAGUUAGUGAAAUUAGAAAACAAAUGAUGGCCAUUGAUAGCGAUCCUUUAAUGACAAAGGCUGAAAAAGCACAGAGGAAACAGAGUCUCUAUAUAGCUUACAAUUUGAAUGGCACAUUAGGCAGUCACUCAUUAACAAGUACAGUCUCACCGUUGUCCAGUUCAUUCUAUCCAAAUGAUACUGUGGAAUCUGUAGUAGGAACUGCAUUAGACGAGUUACACUUAGACGACCCUUUAAAUUUAGUAGACUCAAUUCAUAGGGAUACGAAUUCACCUAUUAGCAAUUCAAUAUCUGCCGGUCUCGCCAGCUCCGGACUCUUGGGCAGCUCAGCUCCCGUCAACAUACCAGGAAUGGCGGAGCGCUCGGUGCUUACAAAUUUUUCGCCAUCCACAUCGAGUCCUUUACAGCAAUUACAGUCAGCCGGUUUUCUAACAGGGUCUAGAUUCUCUCAUCAAGAUUCAAUGGAAUCGACGAUGCCAUUCAUGAACCAAGUAUCAGAUCCAUUCAGCAAUCACAUCUCUCAACUAAGUAGCUCAGCCUCAAAACUCAGCGGUUUCAACAGCAGCCUCUUUGACUUUGCCAAUCAAGGAAUGUCGCCCUCUCGUACUCAGCCACUUCCUGCAUCUCCAUUGGUCAAUCCGUUCUCCAUAAGUCCAAGCAACACGGGAUCUCUCUCAGAGUUACAGGUGCAGAGGUUGAGAGAGGAGCUGACGUCCAGUCGCGCACAACUGGCAAAGUGGGACGAACGCAUAAAUCAGGCGCGCGCCGCAUGCGAAGCUUGGCAAUUGGAAAGUGAAGAAGCUAGGCGCAAGGCGUCCAUAGCUGAACAACAACGAGAUGAGAGCGUGGAUUGCUUACAGGCACUGCUGCAAGUGAAGGCGCUACGAGUCGAGAACGAAGCAUCAAGCGGCGGUCCGUAUCUCCAUACACUGAGAAGAACCAGCGAGUUGAGAUCAUUGUCGAUAUCUACUUUAAAAUCAAUACAGUCGCAGCUACGCUCGGACCUCGAAGAAAUUGAAAAGGUGCUGUACAGGGAAACGGCAACAAAGUGCAUGGCUUGCGAGGAACAAAAUCGCACUGUUACCCUCUCACCGUGCAACCACUUCGUGGUCUGCUCGUCGUGCGCUCCGAAUCAGCGCGAGUGUCCGUACUGCCAGACUCCGGUAUCCUCCACAAGUUAGGAUCUCCUACUUCUAUUUCCUAGUAUGUCCAGUCUCGUGUGAAGCUUGCAAAAAAAGCCCCAGCAUCUUUAGGAACAACCAUCAGGAAGUUUUGUCCUCUUGCGUUAGAGGAGCGCUAUGUUUCCGAUGUCCGAUGAUCCCUGGUUAUAACCGUUGAUCAUUAGUAUUAGAGGGAAAAAAAAGUAAAGCUAAAUAGAAUAUAUCUCGGCCUUGGAAACCCGAGUAUAACCGGGAAUCGAUGUGUCUCUCGUUUUAUGUCACAACGAGCAUUAUUCACGUCGCUUAUAUAUAUAUAUCUGUAUUACGUCACAUUGCGGGGACACGUAAUCUGUAUUGUAAUCUUUUUUUUUUUUUUUUAAAUAUAAAUGGGAGUUCUGCGAUCUCCGUGGCGCCCGACAAAUGCGGUUUUAUAUAUACGAUAAUUUGUUUAACAGUCGUGAAUUUAUGAUAUUUAUUAUUUAAGUUGUGCGACGAGAAUGAAUUUUUAUCAAUGUAAUCUGGGAAUGUCUUGUAUGCGAGAGAACGAGAGGACGUGUGCUAGUCGGUACAAAAAAAAAUUGAUAUGGCAGAAACAAAGCGAAGUAUAUAUAUAAUAUAUAAAUAUAUUACACACACGAGACAUAGAUAUCACACAUACGUAUAGCGCUAUGAUAGCUUUUUCGAUCGAUAUGCACUGAGAGUCAUCGAUUCGUUUUUUUUUUUAUCAAAGAAAAGUUAGGUUUUGCUGCAUCGUGAAAUUAUUAUCUAUCGGAUGAUUUCAAGUGUACUCUGAUAUGGCUUAGCUCCUUGGUCUUUGAUUAAGGAACGAGAUCAAUCUUUUGUGAAUAAUUGGGCUUUGCGAAUGGAUACCGUGGGGGAGAUUAUUUAUCGGAGGAGUUCACAGUCGGAGGAUUACACUUGAAUGUUAAAGGAGCUUUGAGAGUAGAGCAGCGAUCGUUAACGUUAGGACAUGCUAGGGAAUAGACAAAGGCAACUUAUAUAGUUCCCCAACCUUUUUGCAAAAGCAAGUGGAAUUUUUCUUUUUACAUCUUAAAUAUCACUCCUCUUUGCCUUUUUCUCUCUCUUUACCUGGUAAUUCGUUCGAUUGCGAUGAGCUGCACUGUGCACGUCGACCUACCCCCCUGCGCGCCCCCACGGGUACCCGCGUUGCUAUUGUAUUUAAGGAAAAGUACUGUUUAAAUAGGAUUUUUCAAUUGUAUUUGUAUGGGGCAGUGAAUAUUACUAUUAUUAUUAUUAAUAUUAUUAGUAUUAUGAGUAUUAACUGUUUUUAUAUUUUCAAGUUUGAAGUGUAAUACGCGUGACGUCGAUUUCUGAAAUUAUGAAGAUUUUAGGUGUCAUUUGACGAGAUUGCUCAUUUAUAAUUGCAUUAUAGUAAAGUAACGUUCGCGUUUCGAAUAGAUCCAACGAAGUUUAGGAGAAGUCUGAUUAACAAAAAAAGGAAAUAUGGCAAUUGUAAAAAACAAAUGAAAGAAAAGUCUCCUGAAGCAGGUGGUCUUCUCGUUAAUGUUUUUUUUUCUCUUGCGUCACUUAUUGCCUAUAUUAUUUAACUCGAUUACAACUUUCCCACUGGGGAAACACAUAGAAGAAUUCAAGGGAGGCGAACACAAAGUGGACGAUAUAUCAUAUAGAAAGAUAAUUUAUCGACGCGUUACCACGCGAUAAUUUAUCGGUUAUUGUUAGUUAAUGAAGAAGAAAAAACAAUUUUUAUAUCGAUGCGCUUCUAUUUUCAUAAUUGCGAUUUAGAUUAGAAUAAUAGCACGUACAUUACGUUUGAUGCUUUUACGUAGGCCAAGAAUACUUUUAGAUAUUACCUUGUAAGCGUGUAUCAAAUUUAGCUCUUAGUAUUGAAUUAAAAUACUAAAUUAUAAUUAUCGUCCGUGCGAAAGCGUUAACGUAGAAUUAAAGGGGGACAAAAAGUGUAUGUGUGUGAGAGAGAGAGAGAGAGUGUAUGUGAGUAUGAAUUAAUUUUUGGCGGGCGAUUCAAAGAUGAGCAUUUUUUUCAUGUACGUUAAGCAUAGCGUAAUUGUAACCGAUUCAACUCAGUCGUGUUGUCAUUUUUACAUUAUAGUUGUAAGUGCGGUCGUUAGUAGUGGAUAUAUAGGAUUUUCCAAUUUAAUCAAAAUAUAAGGGAAUGAUAUUUAUACGCUGUGUGAGGGGGGAGAGAGUGAGAGAGAGAGAGAGAGAGAGAGAGAAAGGGAAGAGAUAUAAGGGGAAGGAAGAGAAGAAUUAAAUGCGUCGUGGUGCCUCUUACGACGUGUACGGUGCAGUUCGACGUGAAACGCGUGUCUGUCACGUUAUGCAUUUAUAAUUUAGCAUUUGUCAACUUGCUCUUCCGUUGAGUGCUAAUUUUACGAAAUUUUCGAACCAAAAUAAUGUAAACGAAAGUUUCACGGCAACGCGACAAAAACUGAAAAACUUUGCAGCGACGUACGAUUGGUUUUAAAAAAAAGUUUCUUUUUUUUUUAAUUUUUAAUCACUGAACGUCGCAGUUUGUUAAUGUCUACGAUAUAAAGUGACUAUAAAUAUUUAACGACGAGAAGUAAGAAAAAAAAAUUUAAAAGAUACCCAUUAAUAUUAUCUAAGGUAUUAGAUUACUAGGAUAGAUAGGAACAACAUUAUCAAAUUUUUUCCUCGUAUAGACAUUGAAAUGUUGAAGUAACCAAUUUUAGAGACUAUUAUUAUUUAAUGUUUGCAUUUUAUUGCGAGAUCGUUUCUCUUUUUCUUUUUUUUUUCUUUUUUUUGUAACACGCGAAAAUUAAACAAUGUUCUUGGCUCGAGUGGUACUUUAGUCUCGGGUCGAGAUAAAGCAACUAAAGCAACAAGGAUUACGGUACUGCGAAUCGCAAGGAAAAGAAAAACAAAAAUGGGGUUAUCAGUAGGAGACCACCUUACUUAAUUAUUUAAUUAUUUAAAGCGUACAAUCAAUCGAAUUGUUUUAAUUUCUCCUCUAAUGGCUGCCCGUCUCUUUAGUUUCUCGAUUACCUUAAUAAUUUAGUAUCAAAAAGUGAGGCCAAAAAGCAAAGAAUAAAAUGUUUUUUAUUAGGUCAGUUUUUAUUACAGAUAAAUAUUGAAAUAUUAUAGACGUUAUAUGAUAAAAUACAAUUAUUCCUCCAUGGUGUGUACGGUCCGGGUAUGUGUUUUCUAUGGGUGACGACGACCGUCGUGAUGAAAUUAUUUAAGUAAAACAAUAAAGACGAAGGAAUACACGCAAGAUGCAUAUAAAAAUUGAAAGCACAUAUAGACUGCGUAUGCGUACAAAUUUUUCUUUCUCUCUUUUUUUUUGUCUCUACUCCUAUCCACUGUCAUUACGAUAAGUAAAGAAGAAGGAAAAAAAGUGAAUAACUGUUAUAUCUUGAAAUUCUAUAUUUUAUUGAAACUUCAUUUAAGAUAGUAAGAUGAGAGAAGAAAAGGGGGGGAAAAAUGAUAAAACAAAGUUGCUACCCAGCGCCGACAACGUGUGCUCGUUUUUAAUUUUACAUUAACAAAAAUAUAUAUAUAUAUAAAAAGAGAAUUAACGAAGACCGUGUACACACCGUUGGCCAAUUUUGCAAAGUACUAUUUAGGAUUUAAAGAAUUUAGCGCUACGAUAACGUGGCUCUUUCAAUUGCGUUUUAUAUGACUAGUGCUGCUCUUUACAAGGAUUAUACGUAUGUGUAUUGUCCGUCAGUCAACGAUUCUUACCGCGACUGACAUUGCUGCGUAAAUUAGGCCGAAUUCAAUAUUGCAAUUGACUACCUAAUUUUGCUUAUGCGACUAAUGCACUUAGGGAUAACCUUAAGGGAUGUUGAUGAUACACCGGCUAUUUGUAUGAGUCAGUUGUCAGGCGGACGAGGCUGGGCAAUAGAGAAACUUCGUUUCCAGCCGGAUCCACGUGACAACUAAUUCGCGUAAGUUAACCCUGUUUUCUUUUUGUUGACCCUUGAGGGAGAAUCGACUUUAAUUUUUUUAUUUUUACUGCCGUCAUUUUUGUAUCUCUUUAUUUUCACCCGAUUCAUCCGCUAGCAAUAAAUAUCUUUAACCGAUGUCAAAUAAUUGACGCGUGCGCCACUUGUAAGGAGCAGCCAUCGCAGGGUCUUUUAACUGAAUGCGAUCGCAGCGCGCUCUGUGUCACUUUACGGUAGUUCGUUCGGUACAAUGACACAAGUUUUAUUGCCGCUGUUUAUUUUUGUACUUUUAAUUGUAAAUUUCGGAAUCUCUGAUUUCUUUUGUCUCUCCGGCCUGUCAGAGAUCUUUUUACGUGAACGACUCUUUGACGUACGACGGUUCUUUGUUCGCGAGCGAGUCACGCGUUCGACUAGCCCACUUGUGGAGAGAGAUGUUAUGAUGAGGGAGGUUGACGGGAAAAAAAAAUUAAUAAAGAAUUGGAUAAAAAAUUAAUUGCACAAUUGUUUUUACGUGAUUUUGACAGAAUAUCAAGAGGGUGCCGUUACGAUCGUGUUGAGCCAAAAGACAAUUGCGAAGUUAUUCCUGGAUGAUGUAAACAUGUAACAUUAUAUUAUGAAACAAUUACGAUAUGUAUAUAUAUAUAUACAUAUAUGUAUUCACAAAUAUAUAUGUAUAUGUACAUACUAUUUUGAUUGUAACGAUAAUAUUUACGAAUAUUAUAAUGAUAAUGCGAAUAAUAAUAAUAAUGAAGUUAUCGUGAAAGCAACAAAUUUAGCUACAAAUAGGGUAAUAGGAGAGUAACAAAGUGAAUGAUUAGGUAAUAUUGUCUACUAAAGAAAGCAUACAGUUAAAUAUUUAUAUACCGCUGUCAACGUUGUUGGUUUCGUCGAUCCUUUCGAAUUCGUCGUUCGAAUCGAACCGUGUGUCCACCCCUUUGUGUUAUUCACGUACCCACGGCAAACUGCAAUUCCUCCGUGAGACGCCGCCGCGCACGAGUCAAACACAAAAGCGACACGAAAUAACAGUUUGCAAUUAAAUUUCGUAAGUCGCCCAAGUGUUGAUUUGCGUUUUCUACGUGGACCAGGUGAACGUUGCCUAUUAAUCGAGAAACGCAUGCAAAGGUUAAAGAUUGAAAAUUUGUGUGGCGACAAGGAAAAAUAGAAAAUAAGAUAUUGUCUUGCCGUGAGAAAAUAGAAAUUUUAAUCUCGAGUCGGCUUGCCGAUUGCUGGUUAAUCCAAUGUUCAGAAGCGGCGCGAAACUUGUCGAAACUUGACUUUGUCGAACGAAAGAAAAAAAUUUACAAACAAAAAUUCGUCUCGAACGCACAAUUGCAAACCAACAAUAAGGCAGGCUAAAUUGACCGACAUACACAUACUAUAUAUAUAUACAUAUAUAUAUAUAUAUAUAUAUAUUUUUGACAAGUUACAAUAACGCAAAUGCAAAACGUUAAAAUGCCUCCGUUUGUGCAAAUGAUUCUUCUCCCAUUGUUUUUUUUUCUUUUCCGUUCAUUAUUUUUCACUUAGGCUGCACGCCGUCAAAAUUUUGUAAAGGUAUCCGUUCUUUCUUAAUCAUUGAUUGGCAAUCGUUCAUGCCUUACUUCUUAUCACAGUCAAUAUUUCUUUGGAUGAUGUUUUCUUUUGUUCCUGCGUAUCGUGGGCCGAAUGAUUUGCACACGCCAGACAAGAAAACCUACACAUAAUCACUAGGCUAUACUGUACAAUAGUAUAAUGACGUAAAGGAAGCUAGUAAUGUGUAAUAUUUCGAAUGGAACGAUAAACAAGGAUCGCGAACGGCAGAGAGUCUGCUGUUUAUGUAUUUGUAUGAAAAUUUGUAAUUUGGAUAUACUUGCUGCGGAAUUAUCUGUAUCGUUAUUUUAUGUCGCUCCUGGUGUCGAAAUUCUUUAUUAUCGUGAUUCCUGUUGUUGUGCACAUUAGCGCCACCUGCAUUCGUUGGGAUACAAAAUACGUAUCGCUGUCGUUCCGUAGAGCUACGUAACGAGUUCUCGUUGGUCGUUGAGAUAUUUGUGAAAAUUCACAUUCAGGAUUCACUGACUAUAAGAUUUUGAUUGAACGAGGGAGGUCGCUAUUCUGAAAAGUUUUACGUCAUCGAGUGGUCGUUUUUUGUAGCGAGGAGCUCAUGGCAAUUUAACCUAACCUGACUUCGGAGUGUUGACACUGUAUGUCUGAGGAUCAAACUGUGAAGCAUUCACGAUGGGAUUUAUUAUUUAAUGACAAAAAAGUCUGUAUACGUGCGGGGGAUUUUGAAAAUAUCGUCGAUUUUUUCGAUAUUUUUUUUUCUGGAAUCGCGUCUCCCUCGCCAUGAGCCAUAUCUCCAUUGCCAAAACGUUCAGUCCCGAAUAUGCUUGAUUCUACAGAUAGAGAAUGUAUGCGUGAUACUUUUUUCCCCAGGCACUUCGAGCGAUACCCAAAGAAAGGAAAGGGAAAAAAAAAAGAGAAAAGGCGAGAGUACGGCUGGAAGACGCAAUCUCUGUAGCUUUCUUUUCUCUCUUUUGCUUCUUGUCGGAAAAGCUAUUUCCCCAAAUAUAUAUAAAUAUAAUAAUAAUAUCUUUGUCGACGCGACGCCAGGCGACAGCGAAUCUCGUGUCGCCCGUUUCGUCGCGCGACGCGCAAACGUCCUGACGACAGAUGAUACAAAGAGAGAAUAAUAAUAAUACGAGUAACAAUAACAGAACGCAAAACAAAAAAUGUAACCGAAAAACGACCAAGCGAAUAAAGAGAAAGAGAGAGGAAAAAUGAAAAGAUAUAAGGAAAAUGAUGAAACUAGGAGAAACGUGUGACGUCCACGUCAGAGACAAUUAUAUCGCAUGACAGGUAUAUAGACGACGUUUUAAACAGUGCCAUUUUGUGAACGGAUCGAACGCUCAAUGUUUUUAGUUUCCAAAGACAAUUUCACAUCAUGGAAGUAAUAACGGAAUGGAAAAAAAUAUAAGGAAAAAAAAAAGAAAGACAUAGCAUCUGAAACAAUAAAUAAAUUCUUGAUAGCAGUACAAGGUCGCUUUGGAAAAUGCCAUCUAUAAUUAUAAAGCGUUUAGAAAAUUAAAAAAAUUUAUAUAUUCUAGAAUAUACUAUAUAACUCUGUCUCUCGUGGUCACCAUAAAUGAAAUUAUUAUCUCCGAUAUUGUCAGUGCACCGUGUGUCUCUAAGAAAGGAAAUUCCAGUAAAGACGAACGUAAGACGAGUCCAAUAAACACACAAAGAAAUGAGCUCCUCGACGUAGGCCGUCGUGACGUAUGUAUAAUAGAGAGAGAAUGAAUUAUGUUGUGCGCGUUUAGCUUGUCUCUUUCUCUCUUUCGUGUAUGCCGAACUCCGUGAAAGCGCAUGCGCGAUGCGCGCGCAACCUCUCGUGGCCGUUGAAACGUUUGACUAUUUUUGCAAUAUUACGAAAAAGAAAAAAGAAAAAAAAAGAAAACCGUCUUCCGGUACGAUAAACGACGUCGAUACGUCCGUUAGUUAGCCCAGAGCGAAAAAAAAAAAUUGUGUCUAGUGAGAGAAAUUUUUGACGUCGGUCGGGUUCUUGAUAAACAAAGCGUAAUGGAAGCAGCGGCGUUGGUUGGGAGGACUGUGAUCGAGCGGACGGAGAGUAAAGGCAAAACGUAAUAAAGUAAAAGGGAUAGAUGGGACGAUGAAUUAAAAUGGUGAGCGAAGUGAGGAUACGGAAGGACAAAUGUUAUGGAGAAUCGUAAGCUGAAUCCGUAACCUCGAAUUCCUCCAGAUGUCGUGCAGUCUUGCGAGAAGGGAAAGAGAGAAAACGAAAUGUUUUGAACUAACCUCAACUGUCAUUCUAACACAAUUUGUAACGUGUACAAGUACGAAAGUCACUUGUCGUUCUUCGGAAUGAAGAUUUCGUAGGUUUAUUACAAAAUUAUAAUACCUUAGCUUGUGGUGUCGAUUUAAACGAGAAAUAAUAAAAGCAAUGUGCUAUGCGUUAGGAUGAAUAUUUGACGAGGAUCGUUCAAACUUUGUUGUACGAGCAAAGCGGAUGAGCUUAAACGUACAUUUUCACUUGGCAGGUCCAAUGCGUAUUGUUUUUUUUUCUCUUCGUUAACUCGGCUUUGUUUACCUUUUUUUUUGUCCACGUCUCCCGCCGCCGCAUAGCUCUUGACGUCGCGUUGUGAAUUCUUAGAAAGUAUAGCAGUAAUAUUAAGUUUUGCUCGUACAACACUGUUACGGACUGCGCACAGGGUGGCUAUAUUAUGCUGUACGACUGCGGUUCACUUUUUUAUAAGGAAACGAACACUCGAUAUUUCUUUUCGUUUUUUUUUCUGCGUCAAAGUACGCGAGUGAUUAUCUUCUGCUCCAAGAGGGUCCCUUUCAGGAGAGCAUCCAUCUUUCUCUGUUCCUGGAGUAUUGUUGCUUCUACGCGUUCUGUAUGUAGUACGAGCGUAUUGGCUUUUUGUAAAAAAACAUGGGAAAGGGAAAGAAAGAAAGUUUUAAAAGUCGAUUGUAUUAAAUAAUGCAUUUUUCACUCCAGAAAGACUGACGGACGUCUAUGGAAUAUAUAUAUUAUGACGUAUUACAAUAAAUCGUGACCAAUAUUUCUCGAUUGUAUUUAUUCGACGCGAGCUGGUCGAGUAUAUUAUGCAUUUUUUUGGGGAGGGGCAGUUUAAAGAAUCUUAGUCUCUUCUCGACGCUUUCAAAGGGCACAAUAUAUUUAUCCCUCUUUGAUCCAACUCGUGUAAAUCCCACCCUCUUAGCCACCCUGUCGGACGGGUACAAUAAUUUUAACGAAAUAUACCUUACUCCUAAUUGAUAUUAAUGAUAAUAGUCGAUAACAAAUUCUUAGAAUUUCAAAGUGGUCUGUCGUUCUGGUUGUGGUUACUUCUACGUGUGCAUUUUGUAAUAAAACUUAAUCAAUUCUUGACUCUCAUAUCAGCAAACUUUUUGGUAUGAAAUUUGGAGGUUUUGUAUGUUUGUAAAUUCCUCGAGGCGAAUAACGACUGUUUCUAUAUUUGCGUAACAAUACGUAAAGCUCUGUGCGGAUAGGAUCGAUUGUUUAUCAGAUUUAUAUAUAUGUAUAUAUAUGCGUAUAUGUAAAACAUUAUACAUAUAUGUGUAUAUUAUGUUCGUAGAAUCGAACUGCCUAUUACUAAAUACUUGGCAAAAACAAAAUCUAAUAGCACGAUGUUUCUACUCGUUCUGCAGAAAAAAAAUGUUCUUUCAUCGAUAUUGAAGUUUUUCGGCGAAGAAAGCGUUUUUAUUCUCAUGCCGAUACGUUCGAUGAUCUCGAUUGAUCAAUCGAUCGAGGAUUUCGCAUCAUCGAGGGGGGCUAUCUUCUUUUUUAUAUCCUCAUUUCUUGUUCAAUGUUUAAUAGGUUCCCAUUCGGUCUUGCACGAUCUGACCGUCGGCAAAGUGAUACGUGUUUCUUGGCUGGAAAAGAGAACAAAGAAAUUAUGACAUUUACAUGGAAACGGAAAAGAAACUUUUUGGGUCUCCUUUUCGGAAGGAGUAAAAAAUUAACUCGAGUGUUUUUUGUUUUUAAUUCAGUGCAUACGUCAUUCGAAUGGGAGCCUGAUAUACAAUUGCAAAUGUAUUAGCUGUAAGAGGCGAAAUUGCGCAUGCGAAAAGAAAAAAAAAAACAUUUUUAAUGUCUAGUGUGAAAGUACUUGCGAAUUCAAAAAAGUAGGCGCGUGCGUUUUAAUUUUUUUUUUUUUUUUUUUCAAAAAAGUGAAUCGUCUCGCGACAUUAUUAAUUGUCGCAAAGGAAUUUGACAAUUUUUCUUAAAUAUUUAUAAUGUCCUCGAUCUCUCUCCUUUUCGCGUUCAUUUUUCUUCCCUCGGAUAUUGAAUCGUCGCUGUUGGUCGUUGUUAUUUUCGUUUUUGGACUCACAAUAACGAAAUAAGUAUUAUCGAGUGACAUUGGCGUCGCUUUAUGGUAGUAAGUGUCUUGUUUUUGUAGUGAAUCUAAAUGGUAACGUGUGAUUGAAAAUUUGUUUCUGUUUUUUGUUUCUUCGUCAGGCGUUAAAAAGAGGGGGAGAGACGUCGUGGAUAUAAAAUGGCGGAUGCUCGCUAAAGAACACGGAGAAUUAAUAAAACUCAGUGGCGCGACGAUGGGCGAGUUCACUUUGAGUUUCGUUAUCGAGUGAUUGAAAGCGACUGUAACAAAUUCUAAUGAAUGCCAGUACAAAUUGAAUGACAAAUGGUGGUGCAAUGUUGGGUGGUCAUUGACGGAAUGGUAAGCGGGGGCGGCUAACUAAGGACGUAAACAAUGAAAAUAAAGGGCACCACCGAAGAAAAGGGCGGUGGGAUGCAAAAAGUGGGGUGAAAAAUAAGUGGAAGAAAUUAGGGCGACAAAUGAGAAAGAAAAAAAAUAUUCACGACUCGUAUUUUUGGCAAUACACAAUUAAGUGAGCGUUAAAGAGAAUUAAAAAAAAAAGAUAAAGAUGAAAAGUAACGAAGGACAAUGACGAGGAAAAAUAUACUGAAAUAGUAUAGUAGCUGUUUGUAGCCGAUAAAUAAAUUUCCUUUUAAUAUUUUUUUGAUGACUGAAAAUUUAUAUAAUAAUAACGAUAAUAAUUAUAUAUACGACGUACGUAAUACAAUUCGUAGAACGAAUUUUUUCAUUAUUGCUUCUUAUGCUAUCACUAGGUAGUGUGUACUAUACAAGAUAAAGAGGAUGGAUAUUGUAAAUCGAUAAUAAAUUGAAAAUAAUUGUGAGAAUUUGAAGGAGCGAAGGUAAACGAAAAAUUUAAACACGUAAUUGAAUAAUAUAAUAAUACGAUUUCUCUGUAGUCGAGUGUGGUUGUUUGAAAUUACACGAAUUUUUUUUAUUGCCACGACAUUUUACUUUGUUCAUUCCGUUAGAAGUUGCCAUGACGUACGUGAUUAUACUCAAGUCACUGCAACGAUGGAAUUAGAUGGCGCGAAAGACUCAAUGGAAGCUGACAGGAAACAUCUUAUUCUCAUGGCAGAUGCAGCGUUCUGUACGGCUUCGUUUUUUUAUUGUCUUUACUUUCUCACUCGUCUAGAUAGGAUUUUUGAAAAUUAUACGAAUAUCCCUCGGUUGUUGCUCGCGACAUGUAGAACCUUGAAUUUCGAGCUUCGUGAAUUGUCGCUCAUCUGCUCGACGACAAUCGGUAUAUUUUGCGACAGCACAUCAGCUGCCUUCAGAAGUUUUGUCAUCACGACAACGCACCUGCUGUUACGAUGGUUAUCAAAAAACGCUAAUAAUUAAGCAUAUUGAAUGUAUCUAUUAUGAACAUCUACUUUGUACUAAUUUAAACAUAAAAUAAAGAGUGAUCAAACGUGA